AUUUGGCAUAUCAAGCUCGAUAAACUAUAUCCCGAGAGAGUAUUCAGACGAAGUGACUGCAUUCCGGGUUGAAAAAUGGCGGCGUUCCUUGCGGCAGCCCUAAACCCCUGCAACUACAUGGGAGGAGUGAGCUUCGAUCCCGAUCGGAAUAUAGGAGACUUGUCAGGAAAGGUUCUCUUGGUGACAGGAGGAAACGCCGGGCUGGGAAAGGAGUCCAUCCUGCAGCUCGCAAAGCAUAACCCUAAGAAGAUCUUCCUCGCGGCACGGUCAAAGCCCAAGGCAGAGCGCGCCAUCGAGUCGCUCAAAAGUGAAUUGCAGAACGAAGUAGACAUUACGUGGCUUCCUCUGGACUUGACGUCGAUUCAAUCCAUCCAAGACGCCGCGCAGGAAUUCUGUGCACAGUCAUCGCGACUCGAUAUCCUCAUGCUCAACGCGGGUGUAAUGGCUCUCCCGCCAGGAGAGACAGAACUGGGCCAUGAGAUCCAGCUGGGAACAAACCAUACCGGCCACUUUCUCCUGACACAACUCCUCCUUCCGACAUUACUCCAGACUGCAGAGGAGCAGCCUCAUUCAGACGUCCGCGUGGUCUCGCUCUCCUCGGUUGGCCACAACCUUGCACCACCCUUUGAGACCAUCCUGGACCAAGAGAAAUUGAAAAAGGUCAACACGAACACGCGAUACGGAGCGUCAAAGGCAGCAAAUAUUCUCUUUGCCGCCGAGCUUGCGCGGCGGUAUCCCUCGAUCACCGCUGUGUCGGUCCACCCAGGGAUCAUUUUCACAGACCUUUACGCCUCGGCGAGUGAAAGCUCUGCGCUGGGAGCUUUGGCUUCCAAGGGCUUAAGUGUACUUGGAACGUCUGUCCCCGUGGGCGCGCACAACCAGUUGUGGGCUGCUGCCGGUGCAAAGAAAGAGGAUCUGGUCAAUGGCGGAUAUUAUAUCCCCGUGGGACAUCUCAAGCCUCAGAAUAUAUACGCGUUGAGUAAGGAUUUCGGACGCCGUCUUUGGGAGUGGAGCGAAGCAGAGCUGCGCAAGGCUGGAGCUUUA